AUGGCGCAGCCCGCCGAGCCUCAGCCGCCGGUCGUUCCCUCCUGCCCGCUGCCCGGCAAGAUCUGCGAUGUGGCCCGCAGCGAGAGGCCUCGCUCCUGCUGCGGCAUGGCCAUGGCCGGCUUGCGCACCGCCAAGUACCAGCUGCCCGAGUGGCACCGCCGCAACGCGGGCGUCUGCUGCGAGGCGCUGAGGGCGGGCGAGCGGGCGGAGCGCGGCCGCGCCGAGGCCGCGCAGCUGGUCAAACAUGCGGCCGCCAGCGCGCAGCGAGCCCAGCAGCGCUCCAAAGCCACGCUGGGCCAGCGCCUGCAGGACGUGCACUUCUGGAGGAUGGAGCUGCAGAAGGAGAUCAUGGAGCUGGACGCCGAGACCAAGCUGCUGGCCGCUCAGAAGCUGCGGCUGGAGCGGGCGCUGGAUGCCACCGAGGUGCCCUACGCGGUGGUGGUGGAUAACCUGGACUGCCGGGAGCGGAGACAGCCCCCGGACCUGGUGAUCGAUGAGGUGGAGAGGCAGCUGCUGAAGGAAGCGGAUCUGAUCCGGGAUAUCCGGGAUCUUCUGAAAAGAACCAUCAUCCAAGCCGCCACCCAGAUAAGGUACGCCUCCACACCCAAAUCCUGGGCCGAGUUCAGCCACGACAACAUUUCCAGGGCGGAGCAGGAGAAGCUGGCGUCGGUGCAGCUGCGCUCGCUGAUCAACAGCGUCAUCCGCGACGCGUCCGAGGACCUGCGCGUGCAGCGCGCCGCCACCGCCGAGGCCUUCAGCGCGCGCUGCAGGGAGCUGGACGAGGCCAAGCUGCGCCUGGAGCAGCGCCUGGGGCAGAUCCUGAAGGAUAUUGGGGAGGAGGAAGCCAACAUUGCAAACCUGAAAAAAGCCAUCAAGGAGAAGGAAGCUCACCUGAAGGUGGCUCACACCAGGCUCUACGACCGAUCCUUCCGGCCCAACGUCGAGCUCUGCAGGGAUGAGCCCCAGUUCAGGUCACUCAACCAACCCCAAUUUUAA